ACCAAUUAAUCUCUCCAUCAUGACGACUAAGAAAAUCGAGAUCAAAGUGAAUAUCGAUUGUGAGAAAUGCAAACAUGCAAUCAUGGAGGCUGUUACAGAGCUAGAAGGUGUGAAUAUAGUUUCACUGGAUCAAGAGAAGGGUAUACUAACCGUGGUGGGUACUAUGGAUCCGGUCUGCGUAGCAGAACAGCUUAAGAAAGUUAAACAGAAACCAGUAGUAAUCAGCGUCGGACCACCGAAAAAACCAGACCCAAAACCAGACCCCAAGAAGGACCCUUGUUUCCCUUACUACUAUUACACCCCCCGUGACAUGAUAUCAGUCAAUACCUAUGAGAGCGGAAGCGGCUGCACCAUCGUUUGAAUCCUGUCUCCCUUCUCUUUGUCUCCAUGUAAAAUCCUGCAAUCUUUAGUCGAUAAUAUUUUUUUUAUGUGAUCCUGUUAUAUCAUACUAUGUGAUGAAUCUUUGUUAGUGGCAACUCUUGAACCAAGUAAUAUCAUUAGAUAAUACAUCAUUUAACCUGGA